UCUGGGGCCUUGCAUUAACUAGCCCAAAUGCAACCUCGACGCAGCCAAUGCGUAACCCCACCUUUGCAGUUCCCCACCAUGGCCAACGCCUUCACUUCAUAGGUUGGAAGCUACUGGUCGGUUCGUCACUCGACUGCAUCAUUGACUAACGGACUGACACUUGAAGUUGGAGCCUGCAGAGUCAUUUUCCACAGCUCCUUCUUUUCUGUUGCAUCCCAUUUAUAGCACUGCGACAAGUUUUAUCGCGCUAUUUCCAACGACCGUCGCAUCCGACUUCCCGUCUCCCCGACAUCGCCCGCAUUCGUUACGAGCAGAGACAUCCAUCUCAGACUGGGAUAUUUCCGCACAAGGCCUUUGUAUCCGCAGAAUACUCCUUGCGAAACAAGCAACGGGGAUCGAUAAUUACAUAUCAACCAGCCUGCUCUACUCUUAUGUUCAACUGAGCAUCCUCUUCGACACCCAGCAAUGGAUACACCCGCAGUACCUGCUCCUCAAGACUCGCGGGAGCAGGCGAUUCUCGACCGCCUAACUGUUGUUCGAGAUAAGCUUCUCCUUCUGAAGCAAGAUCGUACGACGUAUAUUCGUAGCCAGGACGUCAUCCCUCUCUAUGACGAAACAAUUACACAAGUCAAAGAGCUCGUCACUAUUCGCGCUGAAACUGGCAAUAAAGACGAAAACAGACUGGACAAGGUUCUCGACAGCUGCUUCCAACUGCUUUCACUCUUCUACCUCACAAUCGGCCGCAAUAACGAAGCGCCUGCGGCUUAUGCGCUUACCGCAACGAUCAAGCGCUUGCUCGACCACGUCAAGGAAGUCGAUCUAUACUCCGGUAAAGAUUUGGAUAGCUUGAGCGCUAGACUGGACGACCUUGCCAAGGGCAUCAAGCAUGCGGCUGAGGAUCCCUCUGCCGAUACGAAGCAUUCACCGUACCUUUUGGAACUUCUUGAGAAGCGCGUGCAGAGAUGCCAGGAAACGGUUCGCCAGCUACAUGAACGUCUUGAGCGCAUUGCAGCCCCACUCCAUCCUACUUACGAAAAGAUCAUUUCCAUUCUCCGACAAACCUCGUACGCAAAUACGAAGUCAAAGUUCAACCCGAUAGAAGUGGAGAAAUUGCGCAAGCAGCUCGCCGAAAUUGACGCUCAGCGUAAAGAUGGCAAGUUUGUAGGCGAGGAUGGCCAGGAGCUGGCCGGCAGUGCUGAAUUAGGAGAUGUCUUCUUCCGCUGUUCCAAGUGGUCCGAAAUCGUUCUCGACAGAAAAGGCAGUGUUCCGGACGCAUUCCGCCCCACGUACGAUACUCUUGUGGGUGUUCGAAACGACCUAGAGAAGCUCUCCUUAACACAGGCCUGGUCUUUACGUGAGACCGAUCUGUACGAUUUCCAGCGCCAGUUGGACAAGAUUGAUGAAAGUCGCCAGGGUGGCAAUUUUUAUGACGAACGCGGCCGUGCAGCUGACCUAUGGACACAACGCACGCUACUCUACCUCCUCCGACGCAGCUAUGCCUACAUCUAUUCUUUCAUGAUUGCCUCUGAACCUGUAUCGGAGGCUCUUUUGCCUAUCUAUAACCAGCUCCAAACGCUCAAGAGAUGCCUGAUUGAGGUUAAGAAGAGUGGUGGAGUCUCAACAGUUCGCGAGCUCUACCCGUACAGCAUGAAGCUAAACUCGUUGGACAACAUGAGAGUGGAUGGCAAGUUCGUGGUCAAUAACGACAUCCCCGAAGGCCAGGGCAGUGUCUCUGAGCUUUUGGCCGAAUGCUUCGAAUUGAACUACGACUUGCGCGUCGAGGCAGAGGAGAAGGAGAAGGGUGACGCGUAAUGGAAGACAAGCAACGUUUGAAACAAUGAAGAAUCAAUCGAUGAUGACAGACAAGUCGUCAAUCGAAAGACACGCAGCAAUUGAAGAACUGACGGUAUCUCUUUUUUUGGUUUAAGCA